GAGAGCGGCAAGAACCAGGUGGUGUUUAUGCAUCUGGAUCUGGCGAGUCUGAAAUCUGUUCAGAGCUUUGCUGAAACCUUCCUGAAGACCGAGCCCAGACUGGACAUCCUCAUUAACAAUGCAGGUGUGAUGGGCCUGGGAUGUACCGAGGAGGGUUUUGGUAUGGCGUUUGGUGUGAACCAUCUGGGCCACUUCCUGCUCACCAAUCUCCUCCUGGAGCGGCUAAAGCAGUGUGGUCCCAGUAGAGUGGUCACAGUGGCUGCACUGCUGCACCACCUUGGAACCAUUGACUUCUCUCUGCUUAAUUCCCAGAAAGAUUUGGUGUCAGGUCAGUCUACCUGGGACAGCUUCCAGGCCUACUGUAACAGCAAACUGUGUAAUGUGCUUUUUACCAGGGAGUUGUCCAACAAACUGGAGGGCACCAGUGUCUCCUGCUACUGCCUGCACCCAGGAGUCAUCUACACAGAGCUGGGUCGCAGUAUGAGCCUGUGGCUGCAGCUUCUCAUGAUGCCUUUUGCAAAGCUGUUCUUCCUCAGCCUUGAGGGGGGGUCACAGACCACCCUUUACUGUGCUCUACAAGAGGGCAUUGAACCCCUCAGUGGACGCUACUUCUCCAAUUGUGCGCUGCAACAAGUAGGAGUCAAAGCUCGAGAUGAUGCCCUGGCAAAGAAGCUGUGGGAAGUGAGUGAGAGGUUAUCUGGCUUAUCAUAAGAGACUCCAGAAAAAUUCAAGGACUCUGUGAAUACUUUGUAACAUAGAGUCGAUACCACACCUUUGGUUUUAUUAUGUGCUAUUGCUGGGCUGAUGGUAUGUCAGGUCUUAAGGUUCUCUGGCAUUGUGCUAUAAUUUCAACAUGGGGACCAUUUUAGAUUCUCAAGUGAAUAAUAUGUUUUUUUAACUGUUGUGUAGAAAGAAUAUUCUACAGUAUGUGUCAUGUUGUUUUGUAUUAAUGAAGUAGAUAUGUUUUAUCAUUAAAAGUCAUAUCUGCGUCUCAGCACUGCAGUGAAUUGGGCAUUUUGUUUUCACAUGACGGUUACAUUUUUUUGGACCAGUUAAGCCAGUGGCAACGCCUCGAUAAAAGCAACAAAGGAAGAAGGUGACAGUUUGGACAAACUGCUAUAGCUUUAUGGAGUGGUGCAUUUGUUAGCUCGCUUGCCUCGCAGCAAGAUGGUUCCCGGCUCAAACUUGACAGUGUGGGGAUGAACAAAAGUAUUUUACCAGCACAAUAUAAUCUGCAGUAUGAUCAUUGCUUUAACAAUGUAACAGAUAGCUUUAAGAUGGUUAUGCAUACUGUUAUCAUAUUAAUCUUGUAUUCCAGAUGCAGUUAUAACUAUUUUAUACAUAUUGCAUAUCUGUGCUUAUUUUGAGUUGAUGUUCGGUUCAUUAAGGGUCUUAAGCUUCACUGGCGUGACUGUCCAGGUGAUUCAUGCUGAGGGAAAUUAGAACAUAGAAUGAAUUGCAAUACAUGCUUACAAAACACUUAUAUCAGGUCGUUUUUAUUAUCUUUCAUAUGUUCAUAUUCUUGUAUUGAGUUUUAAGUAGUAUCAGUUGGUUAAAACAUUUAUUCAAUUUAUAUUACAUCUAUAAAUUUUAGUAAACUGUUGACACAUUUGACAGUGGCCUCUGUUUGACUGUGAGCGUUAGUAGGUGAGAGGUGACAUAGAGUGCCGAGUGAGGUCGUGACAUAUACACACACACACACAUUAGUUAGACUCAUUUAUAGGUGAGAGGUUAGUCAUGUCUGCUUGUAACUGCGAAAUUGUCUCUGCAAAAGAGGAACAGUUUCCAGACGAGAACUGGAAGUCAAAGGGUUGACCGGAAAUACCGGCCAUGAAGAUAGAAGACAACGUUCUUUUUAAACUGUGUUAAAAGUCAUUGUGGUUUUGAUUUGACGUAUGUAUAUAUUCUGUCUGAUGACGCAUGAGGGGGCGUCGUUAAAUUCAAACUCUGAUGGUAUAAAAUAUCUGUUUAUGCUUUGAUUAAGUCGAAGAUCAAUUGCUGUCUGUGUAAGUGAUCUUCCCACGCGUGCAUUAAAAUCAUCGUUUGACUUCA